AACUUUCUCGCAACAAUGUUGCAGAUACAACAUUUUGUUUCAUUGAUACUAAUAAUCGAGGUGAUACAUCAUAAUGCCAUCACCUGUCUCGAAUCGAAUAGUGUAAAUCACGCGAGUGUCACCACCCUAACCUCGGUGAAUGGGGUGAAUACCACCCUAACGAUCAGCAAUCAUAUUUGCACUCGCGAAGAAACCUACAUCGAACAGAGACAAACGCCCACAAUGCAACAAGUCAAGGUGCGUGCCUCGAAUUGGUGUUUGGAUUUUCCGCCAAGGUGUUCAAAUUACAAGACUGAAUUUCGGGAAGUCAUCAAGUUGGAGAAUAUCACAAAAACACGAACAAUACGAUAUUGCUGUGAUGGUUAUGCUGGGAUAACUUCAAUAAAUGAAACAAUCUGUAAGCCAAUUUGUCGUGGCGGUUGCGGUCGUGGUUAUUGUCAUUCACCAAAUGAAUGCCAAUGUGAUGCUGGUUAUAUGGGCAAGCAUUGUACACAAAGAUGCAGUCAUGAUCGUUGGGGUGAUGCCUGCAGGAAUGUCUGUCGCUGUCGUAAUCAAUCGGUUUGCGAUAAUCGAUCUGGAAUUUGUCACUGUACAUCAGGCUGGACUGGUGAAAGGUGUGAAUUACCCUGCCCUCAAGGACUUCAUGGUGUAAUGUGCAAAAAAACAUGUAAUUGCAGUUCGAAUCGUUGCAAUCCACAAACCGGUGAUUGUCUUGUCGACGAAAGUAACAAUACCCUUCCAGCCAAUGUCACAACCUCAAUGAUUGAAAGUUUAAAUUCAACAAUUGUCAAUAUUACCCAGAAUCUCAAUCGAAUAGCAAAAAAUCUUGGCACAACUGAAACAGUAACUUACCUUGUUCCGGACACGAUUCUUGAUGCAACAACUUCGAAAACCGUUCAGGAAGUUAUUUUGAUUAAGCCACCAGAUCAUCCAACUCCAUCGAUAAUUGUCCAUCAGCCGGGUGGAGGUGUAAAGACCCCAGAAGUUAUUCAUGUUAUAACUAAUUGGCAACAGGAGCAGUUGAAAGGUUCUGGUGAUGCGAAUGAAACUCGAAUUUAUGAAGCAGGGUUGCCAAGUCUCGAUUCGGAAUCAAGGAUACUCACAGUUUUGUUGGUGGUUCUGCUGUGUAUUAUGGUGUUUUUAGCUUUGGGAUUUUUGAUAAUCUAUAAGAAGUUCAAUUUCAAACGAGAUGUUAUGCCAGGAGGUCCUUCUGAUCCUGAUGUUGAUCCGAAUUCGAAGGCUUUUACUAAGCCUCUGCCAGAUCUCCCAGCUUUUACUCAAAUUAUUCGAAAUAAAGUUGAUGGUCCUGAAUUCUAUGACUGUCCGACCAAUAAUACCGUUGUCAAGCCUCCUUACUGUUAUGCACGUAAAGAAUCUCUUUAUUCGGUAAUUCCGAAAUCACGAAAAGGCAGUGUUGAUAGUCAUUUGUAUGAUGAAAUACGUUAUCCUGGUGCACAUAAAAUAUCUCACAUUUAUCAAACCCUAAGUCAGUAUAGUUUUAAACUUCAAGUCCUCCAAGAUGAACGUUCUUUGGAAAUUUCUUUUCAUAACUCUUUUGCUAUAUGCAACAGUUUGAAACCAAAUAAAAAUAAAACAUGUUGUGUGCCAAUUUGUGAGCAUAAAUGCAUCGGUGGAAAAUGUGUUGGUUUGAAUAAAUGUAAAUGUUUACCGGGACAUAUAGCGACAGAAAUUCCUAAUGUUUGUGAACCGUUUUGUUCGAAUUGCACCAAUGGAUAUUGUUAUGGUUAUGAAAAGUGUGCAAAUCGACGUUGGAAUAGUAAAAAUUCUGUGGAACCUAAGACACAGUGUGGAAUGGAUGUUUUUACAACAACUACUAAUAUUUUAGAUGAUAACACUGAAUUGCCAAAAUCAAAUGAUAUUUUAAAGGAAGGUGAACAAUUUGGAAGUCCAAAACUUGUAGAAUCAAAUUCUGCAACAGAAUUACUGUCGAUAUUUCCUGAGAAAAUAAUCAAAAAAAAUAUUGGUGAUUCAUCAAAAAUACCAAGUUCAACUUCACCAACAGAAGUCAAGUCAACAAGCAGUUCUUCAGAAAAUGAUUUCGAACAAACUCAAAAACCAACCGAAAUCACAUCAAAAUUCACUUCGAAAACGACCAAUCCUUCGAGCAGACUUCACAAUUUAGUUGAUGAUAUGAAAGCUUUUUUUGAUGAACUCGAUGCAGAUUUCCUUCGGAGCAAAGAGUUUAUGUCUAAGAAUUAUGCUGUCAGCAGUUCUUCAGAAACUGAACUAAAACAAACUUCAAAAUCAACCGAAAUCACAUCAAAAUUUACUACGAAAAUGCCCAAUUUUUCGAGCAGACUUCAAAAUUUAGAGGAAUUUGAGAUAACUGAUGAAUACCUUGCUGAUUUGUUUGCCGAAUUCGAAACUAAUUUACCAAGAAUUUUGGAAGAAGAAACUAUUUCUAAAAAUUCAGCUGUCAUUGGGAAAAUUCUAGAACCUUCAACAACUAUCACAGUGCAUUCGGCAACCGAGCAACCUUUAAGCCGAAUUUUCAACAAAUUGCAAGAAACUGAAGUUGAUGAAAUUAUGUCAACAAUUUCUGAUGAAAGCGAGACAAUUUCACCAAUGCAUGAAGAAUCCAUUUCGAAUUCUCCAACUGUCAUCGAUGGAAGAAUUUUUGACAAGCAACUGAAGGAUGGUGAAGUGACAUCUAUGACGGAAAGUGAGAAAUCUUUUUCGUAUGAAGUGAAAAUGCCUGGAAUUGAUGACAUUAUAACACCCACUUUUUCUGAAAACGAGGUUAAUUUAAUUUUGUUAGAAGAAACAAAUUCUAACUCUCCCGCUGUUGUUGGAGUAGUUCUUGAAGAAUUGGCACCCAAUAUUCAACUAUUAAAGGAAGAAUCAACAAUUUCACCUCAGCUAGAAGAAAAAACUUCUAAUUCUCCUUCUUCUUUCUUUGGAAAAGUUGGUAACAAACUAAAAAUGACAGAAGAAGUUGAAGGAAGCAAACUUUUAGUUGAACCUUCGAAUCAUAAAUCUUCUGCUGAAGAAUUCCGAUUGGCUGCAGUACCUUUGGGAGUUGGUAUUCUAAUUGGAAUAGUUGUUCUUGGAUUAUUGUUUCGAAAUCAUUAUCGUAAUCAAGGGUCUUAUAAUAACUCUUAUUGUUAUACAUUUUGUAUUUUUUUUUUCUUCUUUUUAAAAAAAAUCGCAAGCCAGUCUCUGGCAAAUAUGUACAUCGAUUGGAAGUUUGUAGAAUUUUUGUCAAUAGUCUUGACACUAGCCUUCUUCGAAAGUGAUGCAACUUUGACAGAAAAACAAAGACGUGGAAAGAAUCAAUUUCGUCAACAACAAUCGGAGCAAUAUGAAACAACAACAAGUGCACCGGAAGAGAAUGUCAACAACAAAUGUCACAUUGAAGUUCCAAAUGUUGCUUUGGGAUCUUAUCCAUAUGCAAAACACAUCCGAACUGGUUCAUCAAUGCAUAUGACAUUUAUCGAAACAUGUUGCGAAGGUUAUCGGCCUCAUAAGUUGGACGGUGUUGCUGGUGAAAUUGUUUGCCAGCCGAUUUGUGAGAAUUGCCUAAAUGGCUAUUGCGUAGGUCCUGGGGAAUGUGAGUGUUUCGAUGGAUUUGUGAAGAACGACAGUGGCGAUUGUGUGUUUACAUGUCCAAUAAGUUGCUUAAAUGGACAGUGUUAUCUAGAUGGAACUUGUAAAUGUCAUUUGGGAUAUAAGUUAGAUGAGACAAGAAAAUUCUGUCGACCAAUAUGCUCUGACGGAUGUAAUGGUUGGAUGCAGAAUUGCACGGAACCAGAGACUUGUGGCUGUAGCACAGGUUAUACACUGAGAGAAAAUGGUUGUAGUGCAAUUUGUGAGCCAGAUUGUGGAUUGGGUGGAAUGUGUUUGGAGCCAAAUGUAUGCACUUGUAAUGUGGAUUUCAAUUUGAAGGAUGGUGUUUGUCAGUCGGAUUGUUAUCAAAAAUGUGAAAAUGGAAUAUGUUUUUCGAAAAAUCGAUGCAUCUGUUAUCCAGGUUUUAAAUAUCAUGAAAAGACCUUAACUUGUAUUCCGGUUGAGUGAAUUUUUGUAUUUUUCUUGGUUGUUAAUCUGUAGCUUGUACAAAUUUUAUUGUUUAAGUUUUUUUAAUAUCUAAUAUAAUUAUUGCCUAAUUAAAAUGAAGAUUAAAAGUUAA